AUGAAUUGUGAAGCUUUGAUGAAUCAAGAUGAGCACAUUCAAUCAAUUUUACACAAACAGUCAAAGCAAAUGCGAAAUGAUUAUCGUAUCCGUCUCAAUGCUUCGAUUGAAUGUAUCAGAGUUUUCUUGCGACAAGGGAAUUCAUUUCGAGGUCAUGAUGAGACUGAAGGUUCUCUUAAUCCGGGUAACUUUCUUAUUCUACUGGAGUUUUUAGGUGCUCAUAAUAAAGAGAUUAAUGAUGUGAUAUUGAAAAAUGCCCCAAAAAAUUGCAAGUUAACAUCACCGGAUAUUCAGAAGGAUAUAGUAAGGGCUUGUGCAACUGAAACAAUUAAUGUUAUUAUCAAAGAUAAUGGUAAUUCAUUAUUCUCUAAUUUAGUUGAUGAAUCUCGUGAUGUGUCAAUGAAAGAGCAAAUUACUACAACACUCUCACUUAAAGCUGCUAUUGAUAAGAUGUUCUCUAAAUAUAAUUUGAGCAUAGCUAAUGUGAGAGGACAAGGUUUUGAUGGAGCAAGUAAUAUGCAAGGUAAAUUUAAUGGUCUAAAAGCACUCAUUUUAAAGGAGAACCCAUGUGCAUUUUAUAUACAUUGUUUUGCCCAUCAGCUUCAACUAGCUCUUAUAGCUGUGGCCAAGAAAAAUCUUCCGAUUUCUAAUUUCUUUCGUAUUGUUGGUGAUGUGGUAAAUGUUGUUGGAUCAUCCUGCAAACGUUCUGAUCUUCUUAAGGAGAAACAUUCAAAUUUUAUUAUUGAGGCAUUGGAGAGGGGUGAAAUUUCAAGUGGUCGAGGACUUAAUCAAGAAACUACCCUUCAACGUGCUAGGGAUACACGUUGGGGGUCACAUUACAAUUCUUUAAUCAGUUUGAUUUCUAUGUUAUCUACUGUCAUUGAUGUGCUUGAAGUGAUUUCAGAAGAUGAUUCUAGUUCUCCUGAUCAAAAAACUGAGGCAUUUAAUUUAUUGGAAUCAAUACUUUCAUUUGAUUUUGCAUUUAAUCUACACUUGAUGAAAUAUGUCUUAGGGAUUUCGAGUGAAUUGUCGACAGCAUUACAAAAGAAAGAUCAGGAUAUUGUAAAUGCAAUGGAUUUGGUACAAGUAUGCAAACACCGACUCCAAAAUAUGAGAGAAGAUGGUUGGGAUUCAUUUUUAGAAAAAGUUCAUUAUUUUUGUCAACAACAUUACAUUGAUUGUCUCAAAAUGGAUGAUAUGUUCACACGUUGGGCACCACGUGGUCGUCCCCAUCGUAAUCCACCAGAAGUAACAAAUUUACAUCACUAUCGAGUUGAUUUAUUCUAUGGUGUUAUUGAUAUGCAACUUCAAGAAUUAAAUGAUCGUUUCUCCGAGGCAAGUACAGAGUUACUUCUUUGUGUAGCUUGUUUGUGUCCACAAAACUCUUUUUUGGCUUUUGACAAGAAAAAAUUGUUGCAACUGGCUGAGUUUUAUCCACAAGAUUUCUCCAAAUUUGAUCUUCUCGUACUUGAUGAUCAACUUGAAACAUAUAUAUGUGAUAUGCGUUCUAACAAAACAUUUCAAGGAUUGAAAGGCCUCGGUGAUCUUUCAGAGAAGUUAGUUAUGUCAAAGAAAAAUAUGGUGUAUCCAUUGGUUUUUAAGCUUUUGACAUUAGCAUUAAUUUUACCGGUUGCGACUGCGACGGUAGAGAGAGUGUUUUCUGCCAUGAGAAUUGUGAAAGACAGGUUGCGCAAUCGAAUGAGUGAUGAUUGGAUGAAUGAUAGUCUUAUUGUCUAUGUAGAGAAAGAUAUAUUUCUAAAGGUUGAUAAUGAAGCUAUUAUACAAAAGUUUCAAAAUAUGAAGACUCGAAAAGAACAAUUGUAA